AUGAGCCCAGCCAUGCUGCCAUGGAGCUUCCUCAUAUUCACUCUCCUAUGGCAAGCUGCCAUGCUCCUGGACCGGAUGUGGCUGCGGCCACGGCGGCUCGAGAGGGCGCUGCUUGCCCAGGGCCUCCCUGGGAGACCAUACCGCCCCUUCACCAGCGACGCCCCUGUGAAAAACCAACAGUCACCAAUGCCACUAGGCUGCCAUGACAUUGUUCCCUACGUCGUGCCUCUUCUCCACGGCGCAGUCCAGGAGUGCGUCUCCUGGAACGGCCCCGUGCCAACGGUGACCAUCGUGGAUGCUCGGCUCACCAGGGAGGUGAUGUUUGGCAAGUCCGGCCAUUUCGAGAAGCUCCCACGGACCCGGGUGCUGUCCAGGCUUCUCACCAACGGCCUCCCGAGGCACGAGGGGGAGAAGUGGGUCAAGCACCGGAAGAUCCUCGGCCGGGCAUUCCAUCUCGAGAAGCUCAAACUCAUGCUGCCGGCGUUCUCUUCCUCCUGCCAAGAGCUCGUGACCAGAUGGAUUGAAUCCCUUGCUAGUAAUUUGGAGGGCUGGUGCGAGGUCGACGUCUGCCCGGAGUUCCUGAUCCUCGCCGCGGACACCAUCUCGCGCACUGCAUUCGGCAGCAGCUACCUUGAAGGGAGAAGGAUAUUGACGCUGCAGUCCGAGCAAGUUGACCGCAUCAAGGCCAGCGGCAAGAUGAUCUUCAUUCCGGGCUACAUGUCCUUGCCUACGAAAAACAACAGAAGGAUGCGUGAAAUUAAUAACGAGAUCGAAUCUGUCCUAGAAGGUAUAAUUGCAAAGAAAAUGCAAGCUAUGCAAGAAGGGGAGAGCACCGAAUGUGAUUUGCUCAGCUUAAUGCUCGAGCCAAACAUGGGGAAAACCGAUGGCAACGGACGAUCCGCCGCAGGAAUGACCAUUGAAGAUGUGAUGGAAGAAUGCAAGAUGUGCUAUUUAGCAUCGACAGAGACGCCACCAACACUGCUCGCAUGGACAAUGAUCCUACUGAGUAUGCACCCCGAGUGGCAGGACCGUGCAAGGGAGGAGGUCCUUGGCCUAUUCGGGAAGAACCGACCUGAGUACGCCGGCUUUAGCAGACUCAGAACCGUAACUAUGAUUCUUUAUGAGGUCCUCCGUUUGUACCCACCUGCGAUCGCAUUCCACCGGAAAACAUACAAUGAGACGGAACUCGGGGGCAUCACGUACCCCGCUGGAGUGGUCAUCGAGAUGCCAUUGCUUCUCAUUCACCAUGAUCCAAACAUCUGGGGAGCCGACGUGCACGAGUUUAGGCCGGAUAGGUUUUCUGAGGGGAUCUCCAAGGCAUCCAACGAUCCAAGUGCCUUCCUCCCAUUUGGUUGGGGGCCACGGAUCUGCAUUGGUCAGAAUUUCGUGCUGUUUGAGGCUAAGAUGGCAGUGUGCAUGAUCCUUCAACACUUUGAGUUUGAGCUAGCGCCAACGUAUACUCAUGCACCGCACAACAAGAAAAUAUUACGUCCUAUGCACGGUGCACAGAUUAAGCUCAGGGCACUAGUAUGA